AUCAGCGUAUGCUGCCAUGAUAAAAGUAGUGGAGGAUGUGCACUUCUGGACAGGGUUCUUGGGAACAGAACAGCUAAAACAGAAUUAUACAGACGACUGGACCCGCCCUAAGAGGGGUUAACUGCAGCCUGGCUACGUCUGCACCACACGGAGCUCACUUUAAAACUCCGACUAAGGGUUUAGGAAGGUAGUUCACACGUAAUGUCCUGUUUACAAGAGCGUCCAACAAGGACGGAGUCUGAGGAGCGGGCUUUCCAGGAGCAGGUGGGGAGGGUCGCGCAGGAGAAUGGAAAACUCCUCGGUCUGGAGGGAGACCCGGACCUCCAGUUCCUCCUGGUCGGUGGGGUACUGGUCAAAGUUCGCUCCAGUUCCUGGAAAAAGGACCGCUUCUACAGGCUGCAAGAGGACUGCAAGACUUUGUGGCACGAGUCCCAUAAAAUGUUCAAGAAGAAUCAGACCUUCUCCAUUGAUGACAUCGAGUCGGUGCGUAUGGGCCGACAGUCUGAGGGGCUCAACAAACACACACAACCCACCGAUGAAGAACGCUGCUUCUCCAUCAUCUUCAAGGGCCGCAAGAAAAACCUGGACCUGAUGGCCUCCAGUGGAGAGGAGGCCAAACAGUGGGUCGCGAGUCUGACCAAGAUCAUAAGCAACAUGCUGAGCCUCAGCCGGCAGCAGAAGAACGAGCACUGGAUUAUUAACUGCAUGAGGAAAGCAGACAAGAACGCAGACAACAAGAUGAACCUGAAGGAGCUCAAGCACUUCCUGCGACACAUCAACGUGGAGGUUGACGACAACUACGCCGAAGAGAUCUUUAAGAAAUGCGACAAAUCAAAUUCAGGAACCCUGGAAGGACCGGAGAUCAAACAUUUCUACGAAAUACUAACAGAGCGGGAGGAAAUUGACGUGAUUUAUGGAAACUAUGCUCAAACCGACGGUCAGAUGAGCUCCAGGGACCUGUUGAACUUCAUGUGGAACGAGGAGAGGGAGCAGGUGGCACUGGAGGACGCCGUGAAGCUCAUUGACAAAUACGAGAUGGACGAGACAGCAAAACAGAAGAAGCACAUGACCAAAGAUGGCUUCCUGAUGUACCUGCACCAUGGAGAGGGAUCCAUCCUUAACCCAGCCCACAAGGGGGUGUACCAGGACAUGAGCCAGCCCCUCAACCACUAUUACAUCUCCUCCUCACACAACACGUACCUGAUGGAGGACCAGCUGAAAGGACCCAGCAGCACAGAAGCCUACAUCAAAGCACUAAUGAAGAGCUGUCGCUGUGUUGAGCUGGACUGCUGGGACGGGGCUAACGGGGAACCGGUGAUUUAUCACGGCUACACUUUGACCUCCAAAAUCCUGUUCAAGGACGCCAUCAAAGCUAUCAAAGAAUUUGCCUUCAAAACAUCUGAAUACCCAGUGAUCCUGUCCCUGGAGAACCACUGCUCCGUGGACCAACAGAAGCUCAUGGCCCAUCACAUGAUCUCCAUUCUGGGUGAUGCUUUGGUCACAAAGCCUCUGGGCAACACCAUGCCCACCAACUUCCCCUCACCUCAGCAGCUGAAGGGGAAAUUCCUCAUCAAGGGGAAGCGACUAAACAAACUGGAUGCUGUCUUCAGCAACAACAGCACCAUAGAAGAAGACACAGUGUCGGAGGAGGACGAGGCCGCAGAUUGUAAAGAGAAUGAACAAAAAUCCAAAUCAAAGAAAUCCAAGAUCAAACUGGCCAAAGAGCUGUCCGACCUCGUGGUCUACUGUAAGAGCGUUCACUUCAACGGCUUUGAACACGCCAAAGACAACCAGGCCUUUUACGAGAUGUCCUCCUUCAAAGAGAGUAAAGCCUUCAACCUGGCUGAGUCCUCAGCUACUGCCUACAUGCAUCACAACAUGGACAAACUGAGUCGGAUUUACCCAGCAGGCUCCAGAACUGACUCUUCCAACUACAACCCUGUGCCCAUGUGGAACGUUGGCUGUCAGAUUGUGGCGCUGAACUUCCAGACUCCCUCCAAAGAGAUGCACGUAAACCAGGGACGGUUUCUGCAAAAUGGUGUCAGUGGCUACAUCCUGAAACCGGAAUUCCAGAGGAGUCUGUCUUCCCAGUUUGAUCCCAACACACUAACCAAAGGGCCCUGGCUGAAGAAGAAGGUUUUCCAUGUCAUGAUUAUCUCAGCUCAGCAGUUGCCCAAGGACAAGGACAAGCACAAGUCCAUCGUGGACCCUCUGGUGAGGGUGGAGAUCCAUGGUGUACCAGCAGACAAUGACAGCAAAGAGACGGACUAUAUUGAAAACAAUGGCUUCAAACCCAUGUGGAAUAAAAACUUCCAGUUCACCAUCCAUGUCCCAGAGCUGGUCAUGGUGAAGUUUGUGGUGGAAGACCAUGACUCAACGUCCAAUAAUGAUCUCAUUGGCCAGUACUGUCUACCACUCACCAGUAUACAGAACGGCUAUCGCCACGUGCCCCUGCUCACCAAGCGGGGUGACGUGAUCAGCUCAGCCGGACUCUUCGUGCACCUCAUGAUCCUGGACGCUCCGUAGACUGGUGUGGAAAAGCCUUAACCCAGACAUUUUGUGUUUGUUUUCUUUCGUCUUGCACGCAGCUGCUGACUCAGACUGUCUGUAACUUUUUCCUGUCUGUUUGUACUUGUAGCUUUUUAAGCAGUGGUUUUACAGAGCUUCAUCUGAGAGUAAUGGAAAAAAGAGUGAAUGAAAAUGUGAAUGAAAAGUGGGUUUAUGAAAUUAUUUAAAGAAAGGCAUGAAACUGUCUGCUGAGAUUUUAUUUCCUUUUACAAUCAUUACAAUGUUUUUUUCCAAGCAACACAACAAGCACUCAACUAGUUUAGUCAUUAAGCAAAGGUGUGGGUUCGAAUAUGUAGGCACAGAGUCCGCAGCUACUCUAGCACUGAGCACCCUCUGAUGUGUGGAACUGUACGACUUCAUUCUGUGUUUAUAGCCCUAACAUUGUGGGUUUCACAUCUCUCUGUGUUUUUUAAGCAGCAAAUUUCAGGUGCAAAGACUAUUUGCAAAAAAGGGGAAAAGAGGCGUGGAGAACAUAAACAUUUAGUUUUAAAUAACAUUCCCACUUACUCUACCUCUAACUGUGUGUUAAGAGACACAACCAUCCACUCACCUUUUAGCAAAUACAGUAUGUUCCUGACCUAACACACAUUAACUGACUCUGGCUUGUGCCAAACGAGCAAUAAUACGUUCAAUCAUGAUUUCCAUUUGUUUUUUCUUUAGUGACAACGCUGGCAUCUCAUUUUCUCCUGCAACUGAUCUGCAUUUGCACCUAAUCUAAAAUAAAACACCGAUAACCAGUGAA